UCUCCUCGGAUCAAAUCAAAAGACAACUCAUCGGGAGAUGAGUUUUUCAAGUAGGGAGUAUCUGAUGCAUGCAAAGGGGAGGGUCGAAAAAAGAUGAGAAUUUGUUUUGACCCUUGGGCUUCUGGUGUUCUCGGCUUGCAGGUUGAUACCAAUCCUACAGCAUUUAUAUUGUUAUAUCGUGCACCAAUUUGGCAGAUUGUUGUUUUCUUGGCAUUAUCUUGUAGCAAUGGAGAUUCAAACUUCUGGAAAACCCAUUGAUACUUUACUAGAGAAGGUUCUUUGCAUGAACAUUCUUUCUUCUGAUUACUUCAAAGAACUGUAUAGGUUAAAGAUACACCAUGAGGUAAUCGAUGAGAUCUACAACCAAGUUGAACAUGUGUAGCCAUGGAUGACUGGAAAUUGUAGGGGUCCAUCGACAGCAUUUUGUCUCUUAUACAAGUUCUUCACUAUGAAGCUCACUGUCAAGCAAAUGCAUGGGCUAUUGAAGCAUCCUGAUUCUCCAUAUAUAAGAGCUAUUGGUUUUCUAUAUUUGCGAUAUGUUGCCAAUCCAAAGACAUUAUGGGGAUGGUGUGAUCCUUACAUAAAAGAUGAAGAGGAAUUUUUUCCUAGGUCCAAUGGUCGAAUGACAACUAUGGGGGUGUAUGUACGUGAUCUUCUUCUUGGACAGUAUUAUUUUGACACACUUUUCCCUCGGGUACCAGUUCUUGUUCUACGGCUGAUCACUGGCAAUAUGGAGAAACCAAGGUCUACCAAGCCCAAGCACAACCUACCAUGA